AUGUACUCUAUCCGAAGCUUGUCAUCUGUGACUCAGCGGCAAAAAAGAGUGGAAGGUGUGGAGGAUAUGACACAACUAGAGGAGAUGCAUGAAGAGGCUGUUCUGCUGAACAUAAAGACAAGAUUUCAGAGGGAGCUCAUUUAUACAUAUAUUGGGAGUAUAUUGGUGUCAGUGAAUCCCUAUAGGAUGUACAACAUCUAUGGGACAGACAAGGUGCUACUUUACAAGGGCCAUGCUCUUGGGGAGAACCCUCCGCAUUUGUUUGCCAUAGCAAAUGCUGCUUAUUCCAAACUGAUGGAUGCCAAUCACAACCAGGUCAUAAUAAUCAGUGGAGAGAGUGGCUCUGGUAAAACUGAGGCGACAAAACUAGUCCUUCGUUACCUAGCAGCAAUUCAGCACACGAGCAAUGUUGCACAACAGAUUGAGAUACUUGAGGCAGCUCCUCUGAUGGAAUCUUUUGGAAAUGCCAAAACUGUGCGAAAUGAUAAUUCAAGUCGCUUUGGAAAAUACAUUGAAGUGUUUUUAGAAAACGGAGUGAUCAGUGGUGCCAUAACCUCCCAGUAUCUGCUGGAGAAGUCUCGUAUUGUCUUUCAGGCCAAAGAUGAGAGGAACUAUCACAUCUUUUACGAGAUGCUGGCAGGUCUUCCAUCACAACAAAAGCGAGCUUUCUAUCUACAGGGUGCUGAGACGUACUAUUACCUCAAUCAGGGAGGGGAUUGUGGGAUUACAGGAAAAAAUGAUGCAGAAGAUUACCGUCGACUUGUAGCUGCCAUGGAAAUCCUUCACUUUGCUCCUGAGGACCAGUCUUCCAUCUUCAGAGUUCUCGCUUCUAUUCUGCACCUGGGCAACAUCUUCUUUCAAAGACAUGACGCUGAUGGCCAGGAGGUGGCGACAGUGAUCAGUGCCCAAGAGAUCAGAGUGGUGUCUGAGCUUCUACAAAUCUCCCCUGAAGGGCUGCAGAAAGCCAUCACAUACAAAGUCACGGACACUAUGAGGGAUAGGAUUUUCACACCACUUACUGUAGAGAGUGCUAUUGAUGCCAGAGAUGCAGUUGCCAAGAUCCUGUACUCACUGCUCUUCCACUGGAUAACUGAGAAGAUUAACUCUCAGGUGUACCCCCAUCAACACACACUCUCCAUCUCUAUCCUGGACAUUUAUGGCUUUGAGGACUUGGCCUUCAACAGUUUUGAGCAGUUAUGUAUCAACUAUGCAAAUGAGUACCUGCAAUUUUUCUUCAAUCGGAUCAUUUUCAGAGAAGAACAGGAAGAAUAUAGCAGGGAACAAGUCCCUUGGCAAGACAUUCCUUUCAGUGACAACCAACCCUGCAUUGACCUUAUUGCUGCAAAGCCUCAUGGGAUAUUGAGAAUAUUAGAUGAUCAAAGCUGUUUUCCACAGGCAACAGACCACACCUUUCUACAAAAAUGUCAUUAUCACCACGUCCACAACCCACUGUACAUUAAGCCAAAAAUGCCCACUCCUGAGUUUAGUAUCAAACAUUACGCUGGCCGGGUCACUUAUCAGGUUCAUAAGUUUCUUGAUAAGAACUAUGACCAGGUCCGGCAAGAUGUUCUUGAUCUGUUCAUUCAAAGCAAGAACAAGAUGGUGUCCAACAUCUUUGUGGCACACCAGGAGCUCAUAGGCCAACAAAAGGGUCACAAGAGGAAGAGCAGCACAGUCACACGAAAAUACCAAGCUUCCACAGUCAGCAGCAAGUUCCAGCAAUCCCUCCUGGAGCUGGUGGAGAAGAUGGAGAGGUGCAAUCCUUUUUUUGUGCGCUGUAUUAAGCCAAAUAAUCUGAAGGAACCAAGUGUGUUUGAAGAUGAACUGGUCAGUCACCAGCUUAGACAUUCUGGUAUCCUAGAGACAAUUAGGAUCCGGAGAGAGGGAUAUCCUAUCAGAAUGCAAUUUGAUGUGUUUCUCUUUAGGUACAAGUCUCUGGUGGGGGUGCAUCAGAUUCCUGCAGCCAGUGGAGAGAACUGUGUGCUAAUGUUGAGUAAACUGUGCCCUCUCCGACCGGGUUUAUACCAUGUGGGGGUCACAAAGAUCUUUCUGAAAGAAGACAUUUAUCAGUUGUUGGAGUGUAAGCGAGAGCGCUCCCGUCACCUCGCUGCUCUCACUCUGCAGCGCUACACUCGCAUGUUCUUCGUCCGAAAACGCUACAAAGAGUUCCGCAACAAAAUGAUCCGGCUCCAGGCCCGCUGCAGAGGCUAUCUCGCCAGGAAGCGCUAUAUGAAAAUGAGAGAAAGUCUGGUUCGUUUCCGAUCCUUGAUCCAUAUGUAUGUGAAUCGCAAACAAUACAUCAAGAGAAGGUUUGAGGCAAAAAGGAGGGCACAAGAGGAAAGACGGAAAAGAGAAUUGGAGCUGACCAAACGGGAGGUGGUUAAUGUCACACACCUGGUGAUCCCUGCAGAGCUUGGCGCGCUGCUGCAGACAGCAGGAGCCAGAAGGGAGCUGCACUCGGACUGUCUGGCUCUCCUUCAGGCUCCUCAUAUUCAGGAACAAACUCAACUCACUCUGCCUUUGGACAUCAAUAAUUUCACUUUCUAUCGCUAUGUACAGAUUCACUUCAAGCAACCAAAGUUUGGUAUGUUGAUGGCCCCUUUGGAGACUCCUUUAACCCGAGUGGAAGAGGAUCUUAAAGAAGAAGCUCUCCAGCUCUUUAUUAUGGUAUUACGCUUCAUGGGGGACCCUCAUUUGAAUGGAGCCCAGGAGAAUAUGUUUGGGAAUUACAUCAUCCAGAGAGGAAUUGUCUCACCAGGUGUUCGCGAUGAGAUCUUUGCUCAGGUGGUCAACCAGGUUUGGAGAAACAUCAACCCUGACAACGCUGAGAGAGGCUGGCUGCUGCUGCUGGGAUGUGUGUGCAGCUUUACCCCUUCUGCCAAGAUGGACAAAUAUCUGCUCAAGUUUGUGUCUGACCAUGCCCCUGCUGGUUACCAGGCCAUGCUGCAGCACAGGUUGAUCCAGGGUGGUCAGAAGACUCAGUUCAGCUCUGGAGAUGGCACAGAGACCGCCCGCACUUACCCGCUGUCCCUGCUGGAGUGGACGGCCAAUAGAAAGAAGGCCAACAUGGCGCUACACGUGCACUGCUUUGACGGUGGGUCAUUCUUAUGUCCGGUUCACUCAUGGACCAGUGGGGAGGACUUGGCGGGAGAUAUUUUGAGACACAGGGGUGUGUCUGACUGGUGGAAGGGGAGCUCAGUGUUGAUGAAGGAGCAUGGUCAGUGGGUUGAGCUGGCUGGACACGAUUAUGUGAUGGACCUAAUUGCAGACCUGGAGCUUCCCUCUCACUUUCCCAAACAGAAGAGUUACUUCAUAAUCAGCACAGACGACCCAACAAAAAUCAGAGCUAAUGCUGGCCUUGCAAUGGUUGGCAGUGGCUUUGACUCAGAUGAAGAAAUUUCUCCUUUCUCAGCCCCAGGUGGGAGUAGACCAGCUCGUAGCCUGCCGGACUCUGAUGGUUACUACAGUCAUGAAUCUGACGGCUUCAGUGAUGGUCAAACUCAGAGAGGCAUGGACCGCUAUUUGGACUCUCUGUUUGACCCGGUUCUGUCCGAUAGUAGUGCAGAGAUGGAAAGAUCUUUGUCAGCCAGAAUGAAAGGAGGAGGUGGUAUUGGCAUCACAGAGGAGGAGAGAGGAAACAGAGCACCCACUCGGCCGUACCCACCAGGAAUACACCCCGGAGGUAAACAACAAACAGUGCUGACACAACAGCAGCAAGCCAUCAUCAACCAGCAAGCUAUAAUCUUGGCUCAGCAGAUGACUAUGCAGGCCAUGGCAAUUCAGCAGCAGAUGUUGUCAUCCUUUCCUCCUGCUACACCAGCUCCUCAGUCACCUCCCACUCACCAUCACACGUACUCUCCACAGCGCUCCUACACAGCCAGCCCUACAAAAGACAGUGAAGGGUCACCUACCAGGAGGACAAGUCCAACACGCGGUCCUCCUCCUGAGGAUGUGGUGCGCUCUAGUCCUAAUAACACGCAGCGCAUGGAGCCCAGCCAUGACAUCAAAGACAUCAUCAAACAGCAUCAGCCAGCGGGCUCAACCACCUCCGCUGGGUCAGCUACGCAAAGAAAAGGUGAUGGGAAGGGUUUCACAAAAAAGCCAGACCCUCACGAUGAAGCAAUGGAGAUCCUCAAAGACCAGAUGGCAAACCCACCACAACCGACUCCAAGAAAACCAUCACCCACUCAACAAAAAGAAGAUGGAUUAAAAGUCACAAAACCAACCAAGGCACAAUCUAAUGGCAUCACUACUGUACCUGUCAGCCCCGCCCCUCCUCCAGUCUCCAGAGAGCUGCCUAUUGAAGACGAGGCCGUUCAGACUCAACUCCACAGUCGGACCAGUGAGGAUUAUUACACUUACACCAAUGUGCCGUGGAAACUCUACAUGAGGAAAGAGGUGUUUUAUCCUAAAGAGACAUUCAACAACCCCCUGGUUUUGGAUAUGUUAUUUAAACAGGUUGUGCAUGAUACUCAAUCAGAGGCCUGUAUUCGUAUCACUCAAGAGGAGAGACAGAAGAUGAGAGAUCUUUUUGCUCAACACAAAAUAGAUCAACCAUCGGAAAAGCAUGACGACAAUGUGAAGAAGAAAGUGGUUACGAUGGCGAAAGAUUCAUGGGAGAUUUAUUUUUCUAGACUGUUCCCAGCUUCUGGAAGUGUAGGAACAGGGGUACAAGUGCUCUCCGUCUCUCAUAAAGGCAUCAAACUGUUGAAGAUGGUGAGGAGCAGCUCUAAUGCCCCAGACUACUUCAGAGUACUACGACCGUACAGUUACUCGGACAUCCUGUUUGUAUCCAUUCCGUCUAAUAAUAUGUUGGAGUUCAACUUGACCAACGAGAAGCUGAUCCUGUUCUCUGCCAAAGCCCCACAAGUCAAACACAUGAUUGACUAUUUCCUCACAGAGCUUAAGAAGGAUUCCGAGUAUGUAGUAGCUGUAAGAAACUACAUCACUGAAGACAGGAAUCUCCUCAGCUUCCACAAAGGAGACAUCAUCAAACUCCAGAACAUGAACGGCCUUGACGCUGGCAAGUCUUACGGCUGCAUAGUAAGAAAAAAGGUCAUGCUUCUAGAGGAGUUAAAGAGGGACACUCCAGAGUUUGGAUGGAGAUUUGGAGCUGUUUUUGGGAAGUCAGGAGUGUUCCCCAGUGAAUAUGUGCGUCCUGUGGCUGCCCCAGACUUUCUGGUGCUGCCUCCAGAGAGAGUGGAACCUCGGGACAGACAGGGGCGGGUCGCUGCAUCUGCUGCUGUUGCUGUGGCGUUGGGUUCAGCAGUAGCAGCUCAUGAGCUUGACAUCUCCACUGAGGUCCAUAACAUUUUUUACUCAUGAACACACAGUGACCUGGAUGAUCUGCCUGUGCACAGCAGUCAGUAUAACAUGUCUGAGUUUGCCAAGAAGUACUUCAGAGAGGCGCAGAGGAACAGUGAUCAGAAAGCCAAGAAAGGAAAGGAGAUUAGAGACCCAGCAGAUAUGGUCAAAUUCUCAAAGUCCCCAAUACAUGAAUCCCUGAUCGACUUCUCUGACAGUGGAAUGAACCGAGUGGCUACAGAUAUCUUUUUAGCCAUAAUGAAGUUUAUGGGAGAUUAUCCACUAAAAGGCCUGACAGAACAGGAGGUCGUUACCACUAUUCUGAAGCUAAGUGGGGACCAUGGCCUGAUAAAGGAUGAAGCAUAUUGCCAAGUGAUGAAGCAAGUUACUGCCAACACCAGCUCCAAACCGGAAAGCUGUCAGAAGGGGUGGAGGCUGCUGUACAUUCUGACAGCUUUUCAUCGCUGCUCUGACGUCAUGAAGCCUUUCCUCAUGAAGUUUCUAUUGGAUGCAUGUUCUGGUCCUGGUGUUCAGUACCAAGGUAUUGCAAAGGCUUGUGAGCAGAAUCUGCGGAGAACUUUCCAGUAUGGUGGACGUAUCCAAUAUCCAAACAACAUGGAAAUCAAAGCUAUGCUGGCAGGGAGGAGCUCCAAGAGGCAACUUUUCCUGCUGCCUGGGGGGAUUGAGAGACACCUAAAAAUCAAGACAUGCUCUGUUGCUUUGGAUGUCAUUGAAGAGCUUUGUUUUGAGAUGGAGCUGCACAGGGAGGAAGCUUUGGAUGAAUAUGCUGUUUUUUUAGUCACGCACAAAGGUCAGAAUGUGCGGCCCCUAAACAAGCGCGAGUACAUCCUUGAUAUUACUACCGAAGGAGAGACGGUGGAUGCCAACUACAGUCUGUGGUUCAGAAGAGUCAUAUGGAGUUUACCGCUAAAGCUGGACAAUGAGCUUUAUGUCAUGAUGCAUUACAACCAGGUGUUGCCAGACUACUUGAAAGCUUUGUUAAGUGUGGUCCCUCAAAGUAAUGUGACUGAUCAGCAUCUUCAGCAGAUAGCAAGAUUAUCAGCCCUACAGCAUCGUGCCAAAGAUACCAUCUACCUGCCAACUCUCCGCGACGUGCAGGAGUCUGUCCCCCCACAGUUUUACUCGAAACAAGGUUCACAGCCUUGGUUGAACAUGGUGACUCAGCACAUGCAGCAUGUCCAGCCAUUAACCCCACACCAGGCCAGAGCUCAAUUUUUGGGCCUGGUCAGUGCCUUCCCGAUGUUUGGCUCCUCGUUUUUCUACAUUCAGAGUUCCAGCUCUGCUUCUGUCCAAGCCCCUUGCAUCCUGGCGGUAAAUCUGAACGGACUGCACUUCCUCCACAAAGAUACUCACGAGGCUAUGGUGCGUUUCCCUCUGAAAGAAGUCCAAUCAACCCGGACCCAGAGACCCACUUCUGGCUCCAGUUUUCCGUAUGUCGAUAUCCUGAUUGGAGACCUGUUAAAUCAGAGGAUCACACAGCUGCAGCUAGAGCAGGGCUUGGAGUUAUGUCGAGUCAUUGCAAUGCACAUGGAAAACCUGCUGUCAGUGAGAGAAAAGAGACUUACCCUGCCCCCGAGUGAGAUCACCCUGCUGUAGCACAUCUCUUGCAUAUCUACCUCUAAACUAGACUCAUAUUUUAAAAGUGCAUUAUCAUUCACAAAAUUUGCCUCUGGUUUAUAUGUAUGAAGGAGAGGAGUUAUUGCAUUCACUAAUUCACUAAAUUAGAUUAUUUUGCACAGGUUAGUUAACUUAAAGUGUAUUUAAUCUGUAAAUAUGAUUUGGAAAAAGGCUGUAUAUAAAAAUGUGUAUCUAGGGUAAAAUGUAAAAUGAAUUUUA